UUGGCAUUCUCCAUCGCGGCGUCUAAACACUCAAAUAUCGCGGUAGAGGUGUAUGAAGCUACUUCUGGUUUCUCAUCGUUUGGUGCUGGGAUCGGAUUUUGGUCCAGGGCAUGGAAUGUCUUGACUACACUUGGCGGCGACCACUUGACGAAAAUCGCGACAUCGUCAUCGACUACUGAUAUUACGCACUCACUCGCGUUUCGGAAGAGCGAUCAACCAACUGGAUCUGACUUUUGCAAGAUGUAUAGUAAAGGUGCGAUUAACCAUACAUCGACAGCCGUUUCAUCCUAUUAUGUACCUUCCUCAUGUCCUGUCCAUUUUUCCAAACGUCUUCAAUCGUAUUCCCGGCUAUCAUCUGGCGAAAUACAGCUUACAUUCCGUGAUGGGGCACACGCGAUUUGGUAA